CCGCCUGGAGGUGGCUGCAUCUCAGCUCGGGGUCUGUCCCAGCCGGACGCCCCAGCCAUGGGCAGAGCCCUGCUGCCACAGCAUGACGCCGGGGAAAGGGAGCUCCCACCUCAGAGCCCCCCCUGGAGAGCAGGGGGUCCUGCCACGCUGAGGGUCCUGAUCCUCGCCCUGCUCUGGAGGGGGUCCCUGUCCCAGCCACUUGGAUUUACCCUGGCAGUGCCGCAGUCGGUGUCCGUGCAGGAGGGUCUCUGUGUUUUCAUCCCCUGCAACUUCACGUACCCAGCCUCGUCUGACACCGACAAUCCCUCGGCCCAGCUAUACGGACAAUGGUUCAAGGAGCCUGCUACUGUGGGCCAGGAUCCUCCUGUGGCCAGCAGUGUCCCCAGCGCGGGGGUGUCGCAGGAGACCCAGGGCCGGUUCCGGCUGACGGGGGAUCCAGCGCACGGCGAUUGCUCCCUGCAAAUCAGUGAUGCCCGACGGACGGAUGCGGGGAGAUAUUUCCUUUACAUCGAGAAAGGCAUGUUAGAUCACACUUACCCCUCCAAUUCCGAUGGCACUGCCCCUGUGCUCACGAUCUCUGUGACAGAGUUGACGGAGGAGCCAGAGAUCCAGAUCUCGCCGGCGAGGGGGCUGCCAGGGACGUUGCUGGCCGGGGAGCCGGUUACUGUGACCUGCACGGCCCCUGGGCGCUGCUCCGGGUCCCCUCCCCAAGUCACCUGGACGGGGCCGUUCAAUGACACAGCUCGAAAUGUCUCAGCCCAGCUGGCGAACGGCACCUGGGCCCACAGCUCCGAGCUCAGCUUCACACCCGGCCAGGGAGACAAUGGCAAAGAGCUCGUCUGCACCAUUACCUACAGCUCAGCACAGGGACCUUCCACCAGCAGAACCAUCCGGCUCCACAUCAGCUACCCGACAGGGCCCCCCAACACCACUGGGAACCUGACCAGGAAUGGACGUCUCGACCCGACCGGGCACCCCAACAUCACCGGGAACCUGACCAGGAAUGGACGCCCCGAUCCCGGCACCCUGGUGACCAACGGUUCACAGCUCAUGGUCCAGGAGGGCGAUUCCCUGCAGUUCCUCUUCUCCCUCGCCAGUUUGGAGGAUCCUGACAAGCUGGUGUUCAUCGGGAUGGGUUGUGGGCUGGGGGUCGCCCUUGGAUUCUUCCUUCUCGGGCUCUGUGUGAUCAAACGGCGGAGCCGGCAGCCGGCGCCCCCCAGCGCAGAGGCCGGGGAGACAGCUAACAGGAGCAAGGCGGAGCACACGGCCGAUGAGGGCAGCCUGAUCUACAGUAACAUCACCAGCAUCCCCACACAUCACAAGACUCCAGCCACCCACCAGACCAAAGGCAUCCAGGACAGGGCUGCCACAGCACAGGCCCCAGAUGAGCUGCACUACGUCUCCAUCGAAUUCUCCGAACUGCAACGGAAACGGGGGGAGCCUCUGGAGGCACCAGUCAUGGUAUAUGCUGAGGUCCGGCGGAAAUAG